AGGUCCUGAUCAGGGGCAGGGCGCUGGCUCGUGUACAGCACGGUUUCCCCGGUCUGUGGCAAUCAUGAAUCGGGAAGAGCACUAUUACCCUCCUAACCACCUGUACAAGGACUCUUGCGCCUUCCAGAGACAUCCCAACGAAGACUACAACCAAAACCCUCCACCGUGUCUGUAUAUGAGACAGAUUCAGUCCGUCUACGCCUCACCGUCCUUGGGCAGCCAGGACCAGUCAAAUCUUACCGACAUUACUUCUUAUAACAUGUCGACCCGGGAUGAUCUGACGGGGCCUCAUCUUCACCUUCCCCAGACUCCGCAGACAUCUCUACAGACGCUCGGCGGUUACGGAGACUCUCUUGACCUGUGCGGGGAUCGGAACAGAUACCAUCUGCCCUUCCCGUGGAUGAAGUCAACGAAAUCUCAUACGCACGCCUGGAAAGGACAGUGGACAGGACCUUACAUGGUGGAGGCCGAGGAGAACAAGCGCACGCGGACGGCAUACACCAGAGCGCAGCUGCUCGAGCUCGAGAAAGAGUUCCUCUUCAACAAGUACAUCUCGCGCCCGCGCCGCGUGGAGCUCGCGCUCACCCUCAGCCUCACCGAGAGACACAUCAAGAUCUGGUUCCAGAACCGACGCAUGAAGUGGAAAAAGGAGGAGGACAAGAGGAGAGCCAGAGGAGUGGAUCCCGAACAGGAUUCCUCCAUCACGUCCGGAGAUCUGAAGGAGGAGUCAUGUGUCGCUCCGGGAACGGGACCCCCCUCACCCCUGCACUCUCACCUACCUCCAGUCCCACAAGACUCCUCAAACAAACACUGACCCAAAGAGACAUGUGUCAUCAACACAAUCUUUCAGCCUGCCAUCGACGUGUGGAAAUACAAGUGUGCCAGUGACACUGACCAGAGUGCGUCAAAUGCU